AUGGGGCUUCAGACACAAGGGCUAAAUGAUCAUCAGCAAUCUUCCAUUUGGAGCCUUCCAUGGCCUCUUCAUCUCGGGCCGUCUACUUCGAUUCGACGAGCUCUUCCACUUUUUCUUGUCAAUCUGGGCUCCAUCCGCGUUUUUUGUCGCAAUUUUCUUCAUUCCUUGCCAGGCGACGAUCUCUACGCCUUUCUGCUGACUGUGGUCCGCGCCAGUUCUGCCGGCAUUCUGCCCAGUCAUUUGCAUCGAGGCCAACUGGCAUCGCUUGGGCCUGAAAGAGCCCCAGUUCCGGUGGAUGCUGGACAUACGCAACACGAACAACGCCUCUUGACGACGCUCGAGGCGGCGUCAAGCCCGACACGAUCUGGCCUAAGGCAAAUUGCGACCGACCGGGAGGAGAACGGGGAGGAGGUGAAGAAUUGGAGCUUCGACCAGGCCUUGUUGCUUUGCAUAACAAUUGUCACAACGCCCUGGUUUCAUUCAGCCAAUGUCAGUCGUGGUAACUCAAAUCGAGAGUGUCAGCGCUCGCUCACGUCUUUAAGAUAUUUCAAGUCGUAA